AUGUCUCACGAGGAAGAUCUUAUCGACUACUCUGAUGAGGAGCUUCAGACCACCACAGCACCGGCCACCACUGCUGCGCCUGCCGCCACGAAUGGCGAUGCCGACAAGCAGGGCGACUUGACUGUAACCGGCGGCCGUCCCGACAAGAAGGGCAGCUAUGUCGGUAUUCACUCUACCGGUUUCCGCGACUUCCUGCUGAAGGGUGAACUUCUGCGCGCCAUCACCGACUGCGGCUUCGAACAUCCAUCGGAGGGCGACAUGAGGAUUAUUGCUCCUGAAAAAGGACAAUAUGUCUUUACAAUAUAUAUACGUUUGGUCCUGUGGCGCUCUUGCGCUAAGCCUGAGCCUAUGUUCCCAACUCUCACGUACUUCGUGGAGAUUGGCGCACGCGUCCAGCAAGUUUGCAUUCCGACUUCCAUUUUGAACGUCGAUGUUCUUUGCCAGGCCAAGUCCGGUCUCGGUAAGACCGCAGUCUUCGUUCUCACCACCCUUCACCAAUUGGAGCCCGUUCCUGGCGAGUGCCAGAUCCUGGUCAUGUGCCAUACCCGUGAACUCGCUUAUCAGAUCAAGAACGAGUACGCCCGUUUCUCUAAGUACUUGCCCGACGUUAAGACUGCGGUGUUCUACGGUGGUACCCCGAUCCAGAAAGAUGUCGAAAUCUUGUCCAACAAGGAAACCUACCCCAACAUUGUGGUCGCCACUCCCGGUCGUCUGAAUGCGCUGGUCCGUGACAAGAAAUUGUCCCUGCGCAACGUGAAGGCCUUUGUUCUCGACGAGUGUGACAAGAUGCUUGACCAGAUUGACAUGCGCCGUGAUGUCCAGGAAAUCUUCCGUGCAACCCCCGCCGACAAGCAGGUCAUGAUGUUCAGUGCCACCCUUUCCCAGGAGAUUCGUCCCAUCUGCAAGAAGUUCAUGCGCAACCCGCUGGAGGUCUAUGUCGAUGAUGAUACCAAGCUCACCCUCCAUGGCUUGCAACAGUACUACAUCAAGCUUGACGAGAAGGAGAAGAAUCGCAAGCUGAAUGAGCUUUUGGACAACCUCGAGUUCAACCAGGUCAUCAUCUUCGUCAAGAGCACCCAGCGUGCCAACGAGCUGGACAAGCUGUUGCGCGAGUGCAACUUCCCCAGUAUCGCAGUCCACUCUGGUGUUAGCCAGGAGGAGCGUAUCAAGCGCUACAAGGAGUUCAAGGAGUUCAACAAGCGCAUCUGUGUUGCCACUGAUGUCUUCGGCCGUGGUAUUGAUAUCGAGCGCAUCAACCUCGCCAUCAACUACGAUCUCCCCGCCGACGCUGACUCUUACCUGCACCGUGUUGGUCGUGCCGGUCGCUUCGGUACCAAGGGUCUUUCUAUCUCCUUCGUCAGCAGUGAGGAGGACGAGAAGGUCCUGAAGGAGAUUGAGAAGCGCUUUGAGGUUGCCCUUCCCGAGUACCCCGAGGCAGGUGUUGACUCCACCACCUACAUGGCUUAG